UAUAAAUAAUAAACACAAGGCUCAAAACUGGGUAUAUUACAAGAGUGACCACACCUGCAAGUGCAAGCUGAGGCGUAAUACUAUUUUUUCUGGAAGCUAUGGAGAGUAACGUCACCGCCGGCAAGUCAAUCAGAUGCAAAGGUAACUUUACCGAGCUUCUCUUCUUAUCUGGUUCUCGCUUUAGUUUUGGAGAUAGAGUGAUUAACUUGGUUUGUUUUCGGGGCGGUGAGCUUUCAGCGGCGGUGAGCAGAGCGGGCGGAGAGCCGCUUGUUAUAGAGGAAGUAGAGGUGGCGCCGCCCCAAGCUUGGGAGGUGAGGAUAAAGAUCGUCUGCACGUCACUUUGCCACAGCGACGUCACUUUUUGGCGCAUGAAGAACUCCCCCCCGGCUAUCUAUCCGAGAAUCUUUGGUCAUGAAGCCUUCGGAGUGGUGGAGAGCGUGGGGGAGCACGUGGAGGAAUUCAAGGCCGGGGACACCGUGGUGCCCGUGUUCCUUCCGCACUGCUAUGGCUGCGUCGAUUGCAGUACCCCGCGGAGCAACAUGUGUUCGCUCCUCCCGUUCCAGGUGUCAUCUGGCAUGCCUCGUGAUCGAGACUCAUCAAGGUUCUCGGAUAAUAUGGGCCGUACGAUUCACCACUUCCUCAACGUCUCCAGUUUCUCCGAAUACACUGUUGUCGACGUGGCACACCUUGUGAAAGUGGACCCCGCUUUGCCUCCGGAGAAGGCUUGCUUGCUCAGCUGCGGCGUCUCCACAGGAGUUGGGGCUGCAUGGAAGGCAGCAGAAGUGGAGGAGGGUUCCACAGUUGCAGUCUUUGGAUUGGGAGCUGUUGGAUUAGCAGUUGUAGAAGGAGCAAGGCUUCGUGGAGCUGCAAAGAUCAUUGGGGUGGAUAUUAAUCCACAGAAGUUUGAACUUGGCAAGAAGUUUGGUCUCACUGAUUUUGUUAACCCAAAUGAGAUUGGUGAUGAGAGAUCUGUUAGUCAGGUUAUCAGUGAAAUGACUGGAGGGGGUGCGGAUUAUUGCUUUGAAUGCAUUGGUUUGGCAUCGUUGAUGCAAUCUGCAUAUGAGAGUUCACGCAAGGGAUGGGGCAAGACAAUUGUUUUGGGGGUGGAGAUGCAUGGGAAGCCUUUAUCCUUAGACACUCGCCGGAUAUUGGAAGGCAAAUGGAUAACGGGAUCAUUGUUUGGGGGAAUCAAAGCUAAGACAGAUAUUCCAAUUCUUGCUAAAAAGUAUUUAGACAAGGAACUGCAUUUGGACUCGUUUAUAACACAUGAAGUGGGCUUUGAAGAUAUAAACAAGGCUUUUGAGCUACUGAAUGAGGGCAAGAGCCUUAGAUGCAUUAUAUGGAUGGAUAAAUAAUUAAGAGGGGGAGCCAGAGAACAUUCUCUUCCAAUUCUGUUUCUGAUAAAUGUGCAUGUUUUAUUUGGUAUAGUAAAUGUAAUUUAUAAGUUAUAACUUUUCCAAUUAUCAACGUCUGAAACGUUUCCAAGUUUUCUUAAUUUUCCUGUACCAAGUUACCAACAUUGCUAUCUGAAACAUGGUCUUUUCAGUCUGUGAAACCAGAAAGACAACACUACCAUUUAUUUUCAUU